UUCUAUAGUACGAUUUUACGUUAUGACGCAUUAAACAGAAAUUUUCAUGUAAUUGUGUCUAAUUAAUUCAUGCACUUACGAAGGAAAGGCAAAAUAGUAGAAGUGUUUUAAAUUGGUAUUCAUUCACAAUCACCAGACGAAAUCACUCGAUAAGUUUGUCAAUGACAGCUCGGUACAUAAGCUUGUUUUAGACCUCUUAAACUUGAUCAAUAAGUUAUUCUAAAGAUCAUAAAGUGUUUGAAUAAUAAUGAUACAGAUGCUUGGAGAGUUACAAUAGAAGGGCUAAGUAAAUGAUAACUAUUAAACGCUAAAUAAGUUCUGGCAAACCAGUUUACAAGUUCCAGCAAACGAGUUAACAAAUCCGGCAAACAAGUUAACAACAUCUGGCAAACAAGUUAACAACAUCUGGCAAACAAGUUAACAACAUCUGGCAAACAAGUGAAAAACAUCUGGCAAACAAGUUAACAACAUCUGGCAAUCAAGUUAACAACAUCUGGCAAUCAAGUUAACAACAUCUGGCAAACAAGUUAACAACAUCUGGCAAUCAAGUUAACAACAUCUGGCAAUCAAGUUAACAACAUCUGGCAAUCAAGUUAACAACAUCUGGCAAACAAGUGAACAAGUUCUGGAAAACAUUGAAGACAUCAUUAACCUCAUCGUCACUCCCAGAACAAAACGAUAGAUCGUUGUCAUAGACACGUGACGUGUGAAUUAUACAGUGGAACAGUAUUUGGUACAGUUUAAUAAAAUCGUUGGUUCUAACACAAAGACUAACCUUGGACAAUCUGGACUGUAGCAUUUCAUAUAAUAGAGACUCAGGUUUGAUCUGCCAUUCUCAAGGACUUUCAUUGACAAAAACAUUGAUAUACAAUCCUUUCAAGAACAUAUAUAUUUAAGAUUGCAGUAUAUGGAACAAAAUAAACAAUAAUUUCAAAGGAUAUAAAAAUAAAGAAAAGUGCAGUUACUGUGUGCAAAGUAAAAAUCAAUCAAAUCAUAGAAAGAACGUGCAUUUUCUUGUGCGCCUUUUGAGAGCAAAACAAAUCAUCAUAUUGAAGGACAUUAUAUAGAAGUGCGCAAUUUCUGAGAGCAAUAUAAACUGUGAUCAUUGGAGAUUAGUUGAAACGAUUAUAUAUCUUGGAGAAAAUCUCGACAGUACAAACAGCAGGAGAGGACUUCUCUCGCUAGCCCGGUAUUAGGGCAAAAUGCCGUAUUUAAACAACAGGUUCGAUCCAUUCCAAGUCUUUGAGGUGGAUCACCAGCCAUGUAUGCUAUUUUACUGCAUGAUAGUGAAGGGGUACAACAUAACGAAGGGAUCUGCCCUGCAAAACUGGAUGGACACACCAGACCCCUACGUAAAGGGAACAAUAAGAACAUCACCACACGGGGAGCAGCGGACACCAACAAUCGAUAACGAGGUCAACCCUGUCUGGAACCAUAUGUUCAAGUUUUACCUCGACCCACAGAUUGAUAAUGAAUUAGUGCUAGAACUCAUGGAUGCCAACUACACCAUAGAUGAACACUUGUGCACAGUGAAAAUCAAGUUAAAAGACAUUGCCUUAUCGGAAAAGAGAAUCUACCGGCGCUUACAGUUCAAUGAUACUUCAGAGGUCGAUAUUGAAAUGUGGGCUGAGCAUGAUGACAGCCCAAGACUUCGAUACAGUCUUACCCUGUGUGAAGAGGAGAAACAGUUUGUUGAUGAUCGUCGUAGAUGUGUGUUCAAGGCCAUGAAGGAGAUCCUAGGAGAUGCUGCCCCUGCCAAUGAAAAUGAGGUGCCUACCAUAGGAGUUUUAGGAUCAGGAGGGGGAUUUCGUGCAAUGACAGCGUUUUCAGGGGUGAUGAGCGCUCUGGUUGACACCAAAAUAUCUGACAUGGUCAUGUACAAUGUUGGACUGUCGGGAUCUGCCUGGUAUUUAUCUACACUUUACUCUCACCCAGACUGGCCAGAAAAAUCCCCAAAAGAGUUGCGUAAAGAGCUACGGGACAGCAUAAACUCCAACUGGGUGUGGAAACUUUUUGAUCCGUCUAGUAUGUACCGCUACCUCAAAGUUGUGGCGAUAAAACGCCAGCGAGGCCAACCCGUCAGCUUUACUGAUUUGUUCGGUCACCUUGUUGGGGAAACGCUGCUGAAAAAUCGCCUUGAUGCAAAACUGUCCGACCAACAGACAAAGAUUAAAGGUGGACGUAUCCCAAUGCCAAUGUACUCCUGCCUGCAUGUCAAGAAACAUGUUUCUGCGAUGGUUUUCCAUGAAUGGAUGGAGUUCAGCCCAUACGAGAUUGGAAUGCCGAAGUAUGGAACGUUUAUGAGACCUGAGCUCUUUGGAAGCAAGUUUUUCAUUGGCCAUCUCGUCAAGGAAUUCGACGAGCCACCACUUCAUUUCCUGCAAGGUAUCUGGGGUAGUGCGUUCUGCAUCCAGUUGAAUCGACUCUUCAAGGAUGACAAGAAAGUUGGAGAACUUGAAGCGCUCGAACAGGAAAGAGAUGAACUAGAACGGGAGUUGACGGAGGAAAUGUCGUCACAAGAUGAUGAAUCAAGCGACACGAGUGAUAGCGAAAGUGACGGCGAUAAAGAAAACAGUACCAAAAAACCAAAGUCAUUUGAACGUAAAGGUUCAAAUGCUUCGACCACCAGCAACGGUUCUAAAAAGCGUGGCUUCUUUACUUCUAUGUUUGGAAGCAUUCUGGAAAAAUAUCCGUUGCUGAAGACGAUUGAUGGCCGAGCUGCAACAGUGCACAACUUUAUGAGGGGGUUAUCCCUAUACAAGGCCUACCCAUUUUCACCCUUUACCUCCCUUGACGGGAAAAGGAAAGACGAUGACAAAUUGAACGCUUCAAGUUACUUCAGCGCACGGCUUAAAGCAAUGUCACCAAAGAAAAAGACACCAGGAACAAUUGAAGAAACAUUUGAAGGUCAAGACCAGUUUGACGGGAUAUUUGAGAUGUAUCCUACCUCUAUCAAGAAACUGUAUGUCGUCGAUGGAGGCCUUUCAUUCAACUCCCCUUACCCGCUCCUAUUACGGCCCCAAAGAGGGGUUGACAUCAUCCUGUCGUUUGAUUUCAGCGCUCGCAAAUCGGAUACUACUCCACCGUUCAAGGAACUGUUGCUUGCCGCGGAAUGGGCGUCACUCAAUAAUGUGCCAUUUCCCAAGAUUGACCCCUCAGUGGUGGACAGGGAAGGGUUAAAGGAAUGUUAUGUGUUCGAAAACAAACACGACCCUCGAUGUCCGAUAGUUAUGCACUUUGUCCUCGUCAACAUUACAUUUAGAGAUUACAUCAAGCCAGGAGUUAGACGACGCACGGCAGAAGAGCGGGAAUAUGCAGACUUUGACAUAUUUGAUGACCCUAACAAACCAUACUCUACGUUCAACUUCAAAUACUCCAACAAGGCAUUUGACAGAUUAUCCGAUCUGACGGAGUUCAACACAUGUCUCUGCAAGGACCUUAUCUUAGAGAAAAUCAAAGAGUGUGUAAAACGUGUUCAUCAGUACCAUACGGUCAAACAAAGGCCGAUCAUGCUGAAAGACAUUAAGAAACUUCGACUACAAAGAUCAAAGGAAAAACAGCUGGAACUUUUUGUGAAAUCAUUCCACCAAGACGAUGGUGAUUUCACCCUAACAUAAUAUUGCGAUUUCAUAUUCAGUCUCAUAUUAUGCAUUCAUUUCAUAUAAAGGUGUCUGUGUGUGUGUGUGCGUGCGUGCGUGCGUGCUUGCGUGCGUGGGUGUGUGUUCAUCAACGCAUAUGCCAGAAUAGGUCCAAGAAUAGUCAUCCUUUCUUGUCCGAGUCCGAGUAUGGGCAUCCUCUUAUGUCAAUAGUAGGUCAUAGUAUGGUCAUCUUAUCAUGUCAGAGUAGGUGCGAGAAUGCUUAUUCCAGCUACUUUAAUGUUGUAACAUGGCCAAGCAGUAACUCACAAUAUGUAACACACUAUGUUAAACUUGACGUAUUAUUAUUGUUAUUCAAUUAUGUUGCUAUACACAAUUCGUUCCCUAUAAAGGUUCAUGUGUAAAUAUCCAAUUUAUUUAUUCAUUUAUUCAUCUGUUUGUUACCUUGUUUGUUUGUUUCCAUUUUUAUUUGUUUAUUCUUUAUAUUUAUAUUUAUAUUUAUGUGUAAAUCUUUUAUUUAUUUAUUUAUUUAUUUAUUUAUUUAUUUAUUUAUUUAUUUAUUUAUUUAUUUAUUUAUUUAUUUAUUUAAUUAUUUAUUUAUUCAUUCAUUCAUUCAUUCAUUCAUUCAUUCAUUCAUUCAUUCAUUCAUUUAUUUACUUAUAAAUCUAUUUACUUAUUUCUUUCUUUAUUUUAUUUUCUUCUUCAUUUUGUGUUAUGUUUACCGUUUUUUCUUCACAUAAUUGAAAAUAUUUGUACAUACAUUUUUGCCACCUAAAUAAAGUCUACCAGUCAGGUUGUAAUACUUAUAUUUGUCAUAGGAAUGCUAACGUUUCUUGCAAUGCAAACAUUCAGCAUGGGUUCGUGAUAAUCGACAUGAAAAGGAACGUUCAUUGAACUCUAAGACGAAUACAACAAACAAGCUGAUUGCAGCAAACCCUCGGCCAAUAUUCACAAAGCUCCUGAGUCUGAAUUUGAGACUCAGAAAAGCAAAAAACAUUAAAAUUUGUCGCAUAAAUGCUUUAACUUGAUGUACUUAUUACAAGUUCUAUGUUUUACAAUCAAACAGACAUCUUUUGUAAAACAAAAUUGAAAUAUCAUAGAUAUAAUGAUUAUAUCAUAGAUACAAAUACGAUUUAAUUUUUUUGAGCCUGAAUCUCAAACACAGACUUCAGUGACUACAGAUCCUGGAUCUGAGCUACAUGAUUAUAAAAUGUUAAAAACGCCCACACAUGUGUUAUUAUGAUAAUGCAAUACCUCAAUAUGAAAUAUAUUUACAACUGAACACAAACUUGUAAUGCCAAGAGAAAAUAAAGAAAAUGGAA